AUGUCAAUUGUGAAUUUUCUUGUCUCGCCUGACCUUUUCAACUCUAUUGAUGACCGAAACAGAAACAAGAAAGAGAAAACUUUCCCACGUGAAAUGGUAGGUGAAGCAAAAGUGAGGAGUGAAGACUUGAACUUGUGUUUCGAGAAGCUGAUGAUGCUUGCUUUUGGUGGUGGAAAGAGUGGGAUUAGUGAAGGAGGUGGGAGAAUGGAAGGUGUGGUGAUCACUGAGUGGAAAGAUAUUCCCAUGGAGCUGUUGUUAAGGAUCGUUUCUCUUGUUGAUGAUAGGACUGUGAUCAUGGCUUCCGGUGUUUGUAGUGGAUGGAGGGAUGCUAUUUGCUUGGGACUCACCCAUCUCUGUCUCUCUUGGUGCAAAAACAACAUGAACAACUUGGUUCUGUCUCUUGCUCCUAAAUUUACAAAACUGCAAACUCUUGUUCUGCGCCAAGAUAAACCAAAACUCGAAGAUAAUGCUGUUGAGACUAUUGCUAGUUACUGCCAUGAUCUGCAGGACUUGGAUCUCAGCAAAAGCUUUAAGCUUAGUGAUCUCUCUCUGCAUGCAUUAGCUCAUGGUUGUCCUGAUCUUACUAAACUCAACAUCAGUGGAUGUACAGCAUUCAGUGAUGUUGCUAUUAAGUAUCUGACUGAAUUUUGUCGAAAAUUAAAAAUUUUGAAUCUCUGUGGAUGUGUCAAAGGUGCAACUGACCGUGCAUUGCAGGGUAUUGGACGUAACUGCAGUCAGUUGCAAUUUUUGAAUCUGGGAUGGUGUGAGAAUGUGGGGGAUGUUGGAGUAAUGAGUCUAGCAUAUGGAUGCCCUGAUCUCAGAACCCUUGACUUGUGUGGAUGUGUCUGUAUAACAGAUGAUAGCAUAAUUGCUUUGGCAAACAGGUGUCCGCAUCUGACAUCCCUUGGUCUGUACUACUGCCGGAACAUCACGGAUAGAGCAAUGUAUUCUCUUGUCCACAAUCGAGUGAAGAACAAGCCUGCAAUGUGGGAAUCAAUGAAAGGCAGGUAUGAUGAGGAAGGAUUACGGAGUCUAAAUAUCAGUCAGUGCACAGCAAUUACACCUCCUGCUGUUCAGGCUCUAUGUGACUCAUUUCCUGCACUUCAUACCUGCUCAGGGAGGCACUCCCUCGUCAUGAGUGGUUGUUUGAGCUUGACAUCUGUGCAUUGUGCCUGUGCUGUCCAUGCACACCGCUCUGCAAGUUCUUUUCCUCAUCCAGCACAUUGA